CCCCCCACCCCACCCCCUCUCCUCUCCUCCUCCUCUUUUUUAGAAGCAGCGAUCGGAGAUGGAUGUCUCUCUUUGCCCAGCCAAGUGUAGUUUCUGGCGGAUUUUCUUGCUGGGAAGCGUCUGGCUGGACUAUGUGGGCUCCGUGUUGGCUUGCCCUGCAAAUUGUGUCUGCAGCAAGACUGAGAUCAAUUGCCGGCGGCCGGACGAUGGGAACCUCUUCCCGCUCCUGGAAGGGCAGGAUUCAGGGAACAGCAAUGGGAACGCCAGCAUCAACAUCACGGACAUCUCAAGGAAUAUCACUUCCAUACACAUAGAGAACUGGCGCGGUCUGCACACGCUCAACGCUGUGGACAUGGAGCUCUAUACUGGCCUCCAAAAGCUGACCAUCAAGAACUCAGGACUUCGGAACAUCCAGCCCAGAGCCUUCGCCAAGAACCCCCACUUGCGCUAUAUAAACCUGUCAAGUAACCGGCUCACCACACUCUCAUGGCAGCUCUUCCAGACGCUGAGUCUUCGGGAAUUGAGGUUGGAGCAGAACUUCUUCAACUGCAGCUGUGACAUCCGCUGGAUGCAGCUGUGGCAGGAGCAGGGGGAGGCUAAGCUCAACAGUCAGAACCUCUACUGCAUCGGCCCCGACGGCUCCCAGCUGCCACUCUUCCGCAUGAACAUCAGCCAGUGCGACCUCCCUGAGAUCAGUGUGAGCCACGCCAACCUGACAGUGCGAGAGGGUGACAAUGCUGUCAUCACCUGCAAUGGCUCGGGCUCGCCCCUGCCCGACGUGGACUGGAUAGUCACCGGGCUGCAGUCCAUCAACACCCACCAGACAAAUCUGAACUGGACCAACGUACACGCCAUCAACCUGACGCUGGUAAAUGUGACGAGUGAGGACAACGGCUUCACCCUGACAUGCAUCGCUGAGAACGUGGUGGGCAUGAGCAAUGCCAGCGUGGCCCUCACUGUCCACUACCCCCCGCGUGUGGUGAGCCUGGAGGAGCCCGAGCUGCGCCUGGAGCAUUGCAUCGAGUUUGUGGUGCGUGGCAACCCGCCGCCCACGCUGCGCUGGCUGCACAACGGCCAGCCGCUGCGUGAGUCCAAGAUCAUCCACAUGGAAUACUACCAGGAGGGCGAGGUCUCCGAGGGCUGCCUGCUCUUCAACAAGCCCACCCACUACAACAACGGCAACUACACCCUCAUCGCCAAGAACCCCCUGGGCACCGCCAACCAGACCAUCAAUGGCCACUUCCUCAAGGAGCCCUUUCCAGAGAGCACGGAUAACUUUGUCUCUUUCUACGAAGUGAGCCCCACCCCUCCUAUCACUGUGACCCACAAACCAGAGGAAGACACUUUUGGGGUAUCCAUAGCAGUUGGACUUGCUGCUUUUGCCUGUGUCCUGUUGGUGGUUCUGUUUAUCAUGAUCAACAAGUAUGGGCGACGGUCCAAAUUUGGAAUGAAAGGUCCCGUGGCUGUCAUCAGUGGCGAGGAGGACUCGGCUAGCCCCCUGCAUCACAUCAACCAUGGCAUCACCACGCCCUCGUCGCUGGAUGCCGGGCCAGACACGGUGGUCAUCGGCAUGACCCGCAUCCCGGUCAUCGAGAAUCCGCAGUACUUCCGUCAGGGACACAACUGCCACAAGCCAGACACAUACGUGCAGCACAUUAAAAGGAGAGACAUUGUGCUGAAGAGAGAGCUGGGCGAGGGAGCCUUUGGAAAGGUCUUCCUGGCCGAAUGCUACAACCUCAGCCCCACCAAGGACAAGAUGCUCGUGGCUGUGAAGGCCCUGAAGGACCCCACGCUGGCAGCCCGGAAGGACUUCCAGAGGGAGGCCGAGCUGCUCACCAACUUGCAGCAUGAGCACAUCGUCAAGUUCUACGGCGUGUGCGGUGACGGGGACCCCCUCAUCAUGGUCUUCGAGUACAUGAAGCACGGAGACCUGAACAAGUUCCUCAGGGCCCAUGGGCCGGAUGCGAUGAUCCUUGUGGAUGGGCAGCCCCGCCAGGCGAAAGGCGAGCUGGGGCUCUCCCAGAUGCUCCACAUUGCCAGUCAGAUCGCCUCCGGCAUGGUGUACCUAGCCUCCCAGCACUUCGUGCACCGGGACCUCGCCACCAGGAACUGCCUGGUUGGAGCCAACCUGCUGGUGAAGAUCGGAGACUUCGGCAUGUCCAGAGAUGUCUACAGCACCGAUUACUACAGGGUGGGAGGACAUACCAUGCUCCCCAUUCGCUGGAUGCCCCCUGAAAGCAUCAUGUACCGGAAGUUCACUACGGAGAGCGACGUGUGGAGCUUUGGGGUGAUUCUCUGGGAGAUCUUCACCUACGGAAAGCAGCCAUGGUUCCAGCUCUCAAACACAGAAGUCAUCGAGUGCAUCACCCAAGGCCGUGUUUUGGAGCGGCCCCGAGUCUGCCCCAAAGAGGUGUAUGACGUCAUGCUGGGGUGCUGGCAGAGGGAACCGCAGCAGCGGCUGAACAUCAAGGAAAUCUACAAGAUCCUCCAUGCUUUGGGGAAAGCCACCCCCAUCUACCUGGACAUCCUCGGCUAGCAGUGGCCAGUGGUCACAAAUCCAUAUUCUGUUGCCUCUUCUCUCCUGGCCUCACCCCAUCCCUCUUUUCCACCUCACAGACUAUUUUCUUCCAUCCUUGACUGAAACAAACAUCUUCAUAUAAACUCAAGUGCCUGCUACACAUACAACACUGAAGAAGAAAGAGAAAAACCCUGUAAGGCAGUUUGGCAUAUAUAUAUAUAUAUAUAUUUAUAUAUCUAACUAUCUAUCUAUCUAUAUCUACAGAGAGAUACCCUCUUCUCUAAUGCACAGAGAAGCUGCUGAUACAGAAACCGCAAGACUGUAAUGACAACCCAGAAAAUCUUACCUAUUAUGAACGCAAUUGGAAAUUUGCGUAGGUGUAGGCUGUGGCCUGUAUUUCUUCAGCUCCGUCUUUUGAGAGCGGAAGAUCUUAAAGAUGCAGAGAGACAAUCUUUGUGUUGGGAUGGGAGGAGCUGGGGAGGAGUGCCAACCACUUCUGCAUAGGUGUGAUCACCUGCACAGGUGUGUUAGCCUCAAGCUCUGCAGGGCAGACCAUGUCAUCAGGGUCAGCAAGGAAAGAACACCAGACCAGGGGCCGCUGGAACACCUCACACCUCCCCUGACCAUCGUCUCCACCGCCUUCCUCCUCUCCACCACUUCCAGGCUAUUUUCUAACUUGUCCUUUCUGGAAAGUACAGUCCUCAUGCUUUGGGGAGUCAACAACGGCGCCUACAGGUAAACACUGAACAAACAACAGCAAAACAGGAAGCCACGGCGACAGUGGCCUACAUCCAUCUGGGUGUGAACCGCGCCUUCCUUUCUAAAUCUGAAAGAGCUGUGUCAUCUGUCCUCUGAGCGUCAAAGACUGGGCUUUCUGGAUUUAACGAGCCACAGAAUUAAAAGCCGAAAUCUGAACCGUCAUGGCACUGCCUUCUGUCUUUCCAUCAGGCAAAGACUCCUUGGCCUCGCCUCCCACAUUCAGGCUACUGGGGAGAUAAGGGGGGUUUUGGACAUUCCCCGUGUUGUCUGUAAAUGUGGCUAUAGCAGGGUUCCAACGGCAGGAGAGUUCAUGCCUUGCAGAUGUUUGAAGGUGUGCCCCUCUGGGGCCUCUGUGUCUCAUCCUGUCUUCUCUAGAUUCUAGCUCCCACUUCUCGGGAGCUCUGUUAAGCCCCAGGUAAACUCCGCUGCUGGAAAAGGGGGCCAGGUCCAGCCAGAGGCACUGGCAGUGCUUGUUUCAGAGAGUCAGGUGAUGGUGUGGGCAGGAGCCAGCAGGGGAGAAUCUGUUUGGCACCUGCACCUGGCCCCUUGGCAUUCCCCUCACGUUUCCAGCCCCUGGAAGGAUUGAUGCAUCUGCCUUUGAGCUGCUGUGAAAAUGCAGGGGCUGAGGAAUCGCUUUUGUGGGCUGGGGGCGGGGGAGGGGCCGAGGCUGCUUUGGGAGGCAUCCAAUGGCCACCACCGCAGGCUGGGCAUCUUAAUGAGGACGGAGCCCUGACCAGGGAGAGAGAACGAAGAAGCAUCUGGGCUGGGGCCAGCUGCCUCUGCCCCGGCACCAGGGAGAUCACUGCCUUCUCAGUGCCUGCUGUCAAGGACCGUGAGGGGGUGGGUCUCUGGGCCCCCUGACCCAUGACCACAAGCGGCCCGUGGAAACCGACAGCCUGGCCCCAGGGAGCCCUCCCGCGGGGGCGGAGAGGCUAUGCUUCUCCCAGGCCACUGGCCCUUCCACCUCGCCCCAGGCACAGAGCUACCGAAUGGACUGGCCUUUUGCCCAACUGGCAUCUCCAGGUCCCCUGACCUGCCCCCCUCUCUGCCAGCUGAAGGGACAAUUGGCAGCCUGGACAUUCUGGUCAGCUGCUGGACAGUCAUCCUGCAUGGGGUUCGGGAAACUGAAUUCUGUGUUUGUGGCUUUGCUUCUCUUUUUAAGACCCACAAAUAUUUUUAUUCGGAUAG